AGUAUCUCUACAUGCAUGUACUUAUGUGGAUGACAUAAUCUUCAAUCAAUCGAUAAGCGCAAUGAUAAACUGUUCAAGGAAAGCUACAGCUGUCCUCUCCCAGUGUACCUCCUGGAUGUACCAGCAUACAGGGGCUCUCUGCUUGGCUUUGACAGGUGGGGACCUACCAGUACCUACCUAGGUAAGCAAGCACCAGCGUCGCAGCGCAAACAUCCACUGGUACUUUAGCUGGCUACAUGUACCGGUUAGAGACAGGUAGCUUCCAGCAGCGCAUCGUGUUCUUUGGCAAGCCCACUGAGCAGUCGCCCUCAUCCGCACCCUCACCUUCAUCUCCCAGUCCCAAUUUACGAAUGCCUUCAUAGAUGUGACGUCCUUCAACAACCAAUUCGUCGCAUCGUCGCAUUCUCCUCUCACCAUGGCCGUCGAUCAAGGCGCCAGCUCGAAAUUGCCCGGGCUGCUGGUCUCGCUCGGCAAGAACGAGAGCACCAAGACGUUGUUGAAAAUCAUCAUCCUGGCCAUUAUCGCCGCUGCUGCCGUUGCGAGUCGUCUCUUCUCUGUUAUACGCUUUGAGAGUAUCAUCCACGAAUUCGACCCUUGGUUCAACUUCAGAGCUACCAAGUACCUCGUCGCCAAUGGAUUCUAUCAGUUCUGGGAUUGGUUUGACGACCGAACAUGGCAUCCUCUGGGACGCGUCACCGGUGGCACUCUGUAUCCUGGCCUCAUGGUCACCAGCGGUGUCAUCUACCACGUACUGCGAUUCCUUACUGUCCCCGUCGACAUUCGAAACAUCUGCGUGCUGUUAGCCCCAGCCUUCUCCGGCUUAACCGCCUACGCGGCCUAUCUUCUUACCAAUGAGAUGACCACUUCCUCAUCCGCCGGUCUCCUCGCUGCUGCUUUCAUGGGAAUCACCCCGGGCUACAUUUCACGAUCCGUCGCCGGCUCCUAUGAUAACGAAGCUAUCGCCAUUUUCCUUCUCGUCUUCACCUUCUUUUUAUGGAUCAAGGCUCUCAAACUGGGCUCAAUGCUCUGGGGUGCCCUUUGCGCCCUCUUCUACGGCUACAUGGUAGCUUCAUGGGGUGGUUAUGCCUUUAUUACUUGUCUUGUUCCACUGCAUGCCUUUGUCCUUAUAUGUAUGGGACGAUUCAGCAUGCGUCUCUAUGUUGCGUACACUACGUGGUACGCUCUAGGAACGUUGGCUAGCAUGCAGAUUCCUUUCGUUGGUUUCUUGCCUGUUCGUACUAGCGAACAUAUGCCUGCACUAGGCAUAUUUGGCUUCCUCCAACUAGUUGCAUUCCUCGAAUAUGUUCGAUCUGCUGUUUCAAGUCGCCAAUUCCAAACCUUCAUGUAUGUAGGCUUGGGUGGCAUUUUCGGAGUUGGUCUAUUAGGUCUCGUUGGUCUCACAGCUGGAGGCUAUAUUGCGCCGUGGUCCGGCCGAUUUUACUCUCUUUGGGAUACAGGAUAUGCUAAGAUCCAUAUCCCUAUUAUUGCAUCUGUCUCAGAGCAUCAGCCAACUGCUUGGCCAGCUUUCUUUUUCGACCUUAACAUGUUGAUCUGGCUAUUCCCAGCUGGCGUGUACAUGUGCUUCCAAAAACUCGAGGACGAGCAUGUAUUCAUCAUUGUCUAUGCCCUGUUCGGCAGCUACUUUGCCGGCGUCAUGGUGCGUUUGAUGCUUACCCUUACGCCUGUUGUGUGUGUGGCUGCUGCAAUUGCUGCAUCUCAGCUUCUCGAUACAUACCUUCAAUACAAGUCACCUGAGCCUACCGAGAGCAAUGAGGAAUCUUCAGAUGCGACUGCCAAAAAGGCAUCCAAGCAAAGUUCAUUGCGGUCAGCAUCUCAACCCGUGGUUGGCAUCUACAAUGUCUUAUCUAAGGCUUUUAUUGCCGGUGCUAUGACACUUUUCCUUCUUAUUUUCGUUCAACACUGCACAUGGGUCACUUCCAAUGCAUACUCAUCCCCUUCAGUCGUCUUGGCAAGCCGAAUGCCGGAUGGCAGCCAGCACAUUAUUGAUGACUACCGUGAGGCUUACCAAUGGCUUCGACAAAACACCAAGGAAGAUGCCAAGAUCAUGUCGUGGUGGGAUUACGGCUAUCAAAUUGGUGGAAUGGCUGAUCGACCUACGUUGGUCGACAACAAUACUUGGAACAACACACAUAUUGCAACUGUGGGCAAGGCGAUGAGUUCCCGCGAGGAAGUCGCCUAUCCCAUCAUGCGCCAGCACGAGGUUGAUUAUGUCCUGGUGGUCUUCGGUGGUCUUCUCGGCUACUCGGGCGAUGAUAUUAACAAAUUCCUAUGGAUGGUAAGAAUUGCCGAGGGCAUCUGGCCCGAUGAGGUCAAAGAGCGUGAUUUCUUUACUCCUCGUGGCGAGUACAAGGUCGACGCCGAUGCCUCGGAGACAAUGAAGAAUAGUUUGAUGUACAAGAUGUCAUACCACAACUACGCCUCACUUUUCCCACCAGGACAAGCUCAGGACCGUGUACGCGGUGUACGACUCCCCGACCAGAGCCCUAUUCUCAACAGCUUGGAAGAAGCUUAUACGUCAGAGAACUGGAUCAUCCGGAUUUAUAAAGUAAAGGACCUCGACAAUGUUGGACGAGACCAUGCCGCCGCCGCUUCAUUCGAAAGGGGUCACAAGAAGAAGAAGGCCAUUAAGAAGCGCGGGCCUAGAGUGCUCAGGGCAGAGUAAAGGCAAAUGUUUUUAGAUUUUUACCACACACUAAGAAUCUGAUGUGGGAAUAUUUGUGAAUACUUGACAGUGUAUUUUGAGCGGUUAAUUGGAAGACAAAAGCAGCCUCGAUAGGUGUGGCGCAUAUUGUAAAAACAGUGAAUAAAUGAAUGAUUUCUCCAUCUCUGGACAAGGCUCAUACUU